AUGUUCGUGCAGCAAGAUAUUUUUGGGGAAGUUACCUCGGAAGCGAAAUCACAGGUGCCAAACCUCACGCGUGAAGAAGAGCUGCUGCUUUGUGGUGUGCGGCCGGGCAGUGAAUUUUUGCCACUGCUUUAUUCAGCCCUUGCCUCGCUGCAAGGCAAAAGCAAGAGAAUGAGUCCCGUCCCCUCUGCAGCUUUGCGCAGGGUUGCUGCCGGCAAUGAUGGCAGUGACUACGACUUGAAGGGGGAGAAACCUUCAAGCGGCGUAAGGGAGAGGACACACGCGUUCAGUCCUCUGAAAAAUGUUGCUGAAAGUUCACAGAACAAUGGCUUUACGGCCUUUUCUGAUGUUAAACAUGGAAUUGGUUACCGCUCACAAGGCAGACUCCCUAGUGUCACACACAAUCGUGCAAUGCCACCACAGCUCCCUCCUCCACGUGUAGUUGCCCCCGUGCUCAUGCCCAUGUGCGAUGCAGCACCGCCUGCACCGCCACGGCCACUUCCACCCAAAGUGAUUUUGAAUGACCUCCGUGGUGGCGCACUUCCUCCGUUGAAUACUGAGGUAUCCAUUGAUAUGGAUUUUCUGAAAGGAUCCCCAAGGCCGACAGGUGGUCUAAAUUUAAAAACAGUUGGACACCCAAGAUUGUUUACGAGUGGCGCAAUCCCUAUCAGUCAUACUAAAGCGAUGCCUGCCAAAAUGGGCGACUUAACCCUGCCGCUUAGCUGGCCCUCGCACGAAGACCACACGAAACAUCUUGGAGGACGAGGCUGCAUCGGUAAUAAGGCACCGUUGGCCCCUCUGAGGAACUUCGGAAAAAGUCCAGCGGGGGGACUACUGCCAAAAAAGUAG